AAAUAGAAAAAACCAUUCUCUCUCUCCGGCAUCGUGGUUGUGGAUGUGGAGCUCGCUUCUUCUUCUCCGGUUUGCAUGAGUUUCCACCACCGCUACAGGCGACAAAGACUCCGGUGACAACCGCAACCAUGCCCACCACUUCAGCAUCCUCCAUCACCACACCACCCCUUUCCUCCACCACAUCCGAUCCCAUCCUCGACCGCCUCGCGUCCAGUGAUUGCGAAAUCAAGCUCAAAUCUAUCAGAGAGGUAAAGAACAAGAUCAUCGGCAACCGAACCAAGAAGCUCUCCUACAUCAAGCUCGGUACAGUCCCCGUUGUCGCUUCUGUUCUUGCCGAAGCUGACGCCAAUUCCGAUUCUGGCGCCAACCUCAUUGUCCAGUCCGCGGCGGUGCUCGGCAGCUUUGCCUGUGGCGUUGACGCUGGCGUACGUGCUGUGCUUGACACCGGCGUUCUACCUCGUUUAUUCAAUCUCCUCUCUGCUGCCGACGAGAAGGUUGUAGAUGCCACUGCACGUUCUCUACGAAUGAUUUAUCAAUCGAAACUAGCUCCAAAAUGUGAUUUUUUUCUAGAGAAAAACAGGGAAUUUCUUCUUUCCCUAUUGAAAAAUGAGAACGAAAAUCUCACAGUGCUAGGUGCAAGCAUUGUUAUUCAUUCUUGUGAGACAAGCGAAGAGCAAAAUAUUUUGUGCUAUGCUGGUGUUUUGGAGAAAAUUAUUGGCCUUCUUGAUGGUUCUCUAAGUCAGCGAGAUGCUUGUUUAGAGUCCCUAGCUACAAUUCUUAAAAACAAUCCUGAAGCUGUCUCUAAAUUUAUGGCCCAUCAUGGUGGACGAGCUCUAAACUCCAUUAUUGAGUUGACCAAGGAUAGAUAUUCUCGGACAAGGUUACUUGCCUGCUUGUGCUUGAUUUGUGUUAAGAAUUCUUCUUCUUGCCAUCUGCAAGACUUAGGAAUUAAGACUAAAUUGGUGUAUAUUUUGCUUGAGCUUCUUGAUGAUCCUGGUCAAGUUGGAGAUGAAGCUUCCUUAGCUUUCUCUAGUUUAAUUGCAGAAAAGGAAGAUUUACAUAAGCUAGCAUUUGAGGCAAAUGCUAUUGAUAAGUUCUACUGCCACUUGCAAAAAUCUUCCUCAAAUCCCAGACGCCUUGAAGGGAUAUUUCUUGCCUUGGGUGAUCUUUGCUCAAAGUUGGAGUGCUGCCGGUCUAGGUUUCUUACAUUGCAGGUGUUGAGCUUAGUUGUUGAUGCCCUAGUUCAUGAUAAUGCCGAUGUACGCAAAGCAGCAUGCAUUUGCUUAAGAAACAGCUCUCGCUCAAUCAAGAAUUUGAGUGCAGGACAUUUUAUGAAUGAAAGCAUUGUGAUUCCUUUGGUUCAACUUCUAUCUGAUUUGUCUAUUUCUGUCCAGGUUGCAGCCCUUGGUGCCCUCAGCAACAUAGUGGCUGGCAUUACCCCUCGCAAGUCAGUAUUCAUACAAUGUGGAGGCAUUAAAGGGCUUGUCCAAUCGACAAAAUCUAUGGAUUCAUCGUUAAGGUUGAAUGCUGUAUGGGCAUUGAGGAACAUGGUAUUUCAUGCGGAGAAGACAUGUACAGAAGCAGUCUUUAUGGAGUUGACAGCAUCUUCAAUUGCUAACCUUAUCCAUGAUCCUGAGUCUUCUGUUCAAGAACAAACUCUAGCCCUUGUUCGCAAUUUCGUUGAUGGGCUCAUAGACUUUGUUGAAUAUGCUUUUGCUGAAGAUGGUAUCAUAUUUGAUGCUGUUGUAAGGCGACUUCGAGAAUCUUCAAAAGCUGAAAUCAGGAUACAGGGUAUAUAUGUACUCUGCAAUAUUGCCAGUGGAAAUGAAUUUCACAAGGAAGCUGUUAUGCACCAACUAUUUCCUGAGGCAGAGGAUGGAUCUGACUCAUUCUUCAACCAGUGUUUGCAGAGUAAUGACAGUCGGUUAUCCACGGCAGCUGUUUGGGUCAUAGUAAAUCUCACCAAUCCAACAAGUCCUGGUGCAUUUGGCCGGGUUGUAAAACUGCGUAAUUUUGGCAUAGUUUCUCGAAUAAAGAAGAUGGUCAAUGAUCCAUGCAUGGAUGUGAAGCUUCGAGCAAGAAUGGCACUUGACCAGAUUCCUAUUGGUGAAAGCUGAAUUUAUUCAAGUGUCCUUCUUUCUAAGCCCGGAUAUGCAUGCGAAGAAGAGAAAAAGUGAUAGCAACUUUUUUUAUUUUUUCCCCCCUUGUAUUCUCACCUAUGUAAGGUAUUCGGCCUUCGUGCUUCAGCUUACAAUGUGGUGAUCACUUUAUGUACUAUUUUUAGCCAGUCAGAGCAGUGCGAGAGCUUUUCAAUUUUGUAAGCACUCCUGAUCAGGUUACCCUCAAUAUCUCAUUUCAUUAUUCAGUGCAUUUGGCAUUACUUCUUUUGAGUCAGAUGAUCAAGAUAGGGUUACUGGCUUUAGUGUUGUACCAUAUUAGUGGUAUAUGGAAAACUUAGUUUCUGUCUCUCUGAUAAAUAGUGGAAUUCUGAUUAAGCAAUGUCAAGGGAUAGCAAUUGAGGGUGCUUCUAUCUUUCUGAGAUUCAUUCUUGCCCCAGUUCCUUUUCUGGUUCAUGAAUUUCUCGAUCUCCGCUCAUACAUGUCUCAACUACUUUUUGCCACUCUAUAUGCUUCAAGGAUGCUUCUUGCAGCUUAUUUACGAA